AAGGCGGAGUUAAAACACUUCAAACAAACCAUUGCCGCGACGUCUUCACUUUCAAUGCUUCCAAAGGUGCAGUUUGGGAAAUAAUUGAGAGGAGUUGUCAGCAGCUUGAGACAGCAAACCGCGUUCAUUCAUUUGGGAAUGAGUGUAUGAGAGUGUCGAAGCAGCAGUAAUGGCAUCAGGGGGAGAAAGCAGCACUCCUGCAGAGGACGAGGGGGGUGUCCCACUGGACAUUGAUGAUGUACACUUACUCUUACAAGUGGAACAGGAACAGAUUCAGAAGAGGACAUUCACAAACUGGAUCAAUGCACAGCUCUCCAAGAGGAGCCAUCCAGCUGUUGUCCAGGAUCUGUUCUCAGAUCUCGGAGAUGGGACUCGACUGCUUGACCUACUGGAGGUGAUGAGUGGCCAGCGCAUGAAGCGCGAGCGGGGUCAUGGUGUGUUUCAGCACAGAGGCAACAUCGAGACCGCUUUGAACUUCUUGAAGAAUAAAUCUAUCAAGCUGGUGAACAUAAACAUCCCAGACAUCAUAGAGGGGAAACCUUCCAUCAUUCUGGGCUUGAUAUGGACCAUCAUUCUGCACUGUCAUAUAGAGGAGCUGGCCAGCACUCUCUCUUAUGGAUCCCGUUCAUCCUCCCUGGACUCUCUGUCCAGUCUGGACUCUGUUCCUGGAUCUCCAGGCAGUAGUCCUGUUCCUCGAGGAGCAUCACCGCUCCACAAUCGCUUCCGUCUGUCUGCUAAGAAGACUUUGCUGCUGUGGGUUCGGGAACAGUGCCAGAAAGCUGGUUGCUCAGCCAGUGUGAGGGACUUUAAGUCCAGCUGGAGGAGUGGUGAGGUGUUUCUGGCCAUUCUCUGCUCCCUUAGACCUGAUUUGGUGGACCUCUCUCAAGCACAGACCAGCAGCCACCGGGAAAACCUAGAGAGGGCAUUUCACCUCGCUGAGAAGGAGCUCGGAAUUCCCAGACUGCUCGAGCCAGAAGACAUUGAUGUCAGUAACCCUGAUGAGAAGUCUAUCAUGACAUACAUUGCUCAGUUCCUGCAGUACUCCAAUGAUCUGCCCGUAGCUGAUGAUGGUUUUGAGGCUUCACCCACUCAGAAAGCCAGAGAGAUGAAAUGCUGGCUAGAGCGAGCCUAUCAGGAGUUACUGGAGGCGUGGAAUUCCACAGAGGGGAAGGGAUAUGCAGAGAGGUAUCAGGCAUUUCAGAACUUUGUGGGGACUUAUUAUGACCAACGACGUCCAGUUAUUCCACUUCUCAGUGCAAUGAGACGCUGUGCUAAACCAAGUGAGGAGCAGAUGGCACUGAGAAAAGCAUGGGACACCAUGGAGGAGAGGUUGCAAGAGUAUAGAACAGAGCUUGAUGUUGGUUUGCCAGCCCCUCUGAACACACUGGGCUGGUGGCUACAGCAAAUGGAGGAUGUGCUAUCUGAAGACAGCAGGAACGCUGAAGAUCAUGCACUUGCUUCCAGAGACGCCAGACACAAGCAUGACCAGCUGAAGGUCUUGCUUGAGGACUUAAGCCAGCACUUGAACACCCUUCAUCAUUACCAGAUCACAGAUGAUGAAGUGCCAGUCGAGAAGCUGGAGGAGAUCAAGAGACGUUUCACCAAUGCCAGAGUGACAGCCAAGUACCACGGCAACAAGCUACAAUACAGAGAGCAGAUGCACCAUGUUUAUGACCUGCUGGGACAUCUGAAGUCUAAGCUGAGCUUGUGGAGAGGGCCUUACGGCUCCCAGGAGUCUGUUCAGUGUCUGCUACAAGAUUGGCACGACACUGUUGACAAGCAAGGUCUGGUGUGGAUGUUGAAGGAAGCACUUAAUAAGCUGAAGGACACAGCAGUCAGGUAUACCAGCAAAGCAGCUCUGGCAGACGACUCACCUGUGGUUAACAGGCUGGUAAAAGAGGCAGAUAGUGAGACGGGAGUCAGUGCAGAAGCUGCAGAAGCAGUAAGAUCCACCAUGGAACGUGUUCUUGCUGCAUGGGAGUCCUACAAAGACUGCCUGUAUCUAUUACAGGUCUGGCUGGGCCAGGAGAAACAAUCAGAGGCUCAAGAGCACAAGCAUUUUUCCUCCAGCCUGAAUGAGUGGAGAUUGCAUCAAGCCCAGCUGAACGAGGUGGGAAACUUUCUCAUUGAGAUGAGUGACGCCUCCACUAGCCACUCUCUGACCGAAGAGCUCCGCAAACUUAACAUGCAGUGGGCUGACUUCAUAAAAAGGACCAAGUUUGCAGUGGCCCCUCAGCCCAUCUCUGCAGUCCCAGGUGUCCAAGCUUCCCUGAUGCAGGAAGCCAGCUGGGUGCUUAGAGAGACAGUUGAGGUAUUAUCUGGACCUCUACGUAUUUACAGAAAGAAACUCCAGGGCAUAACUAAGAAGAUGUCUGAGUUCAAGCUGAACUCUUUGUCCCCAUCUCCAGACUGCAAAGAUGAAACUCUUCAGAAAUUCAGACAAACUCUUCCAGAGACACUUGAGACUUUGACUCGGGUGGAUCAUGUGUGUGAGAGACUCCAGAAAGCCGCAUCUCUGCUCGAGGGCAGGCUGGCUGAGCUUGAAAACUGGAGCAACGAAGCCCAAGAGGUCUGCCACCACCUAAAAGAAAGGCAGCACAGGGGCCACCAGGGCCCACAUCCCAGGGCUAAAACACUGAUCUCCAGAGGUCUACAGUUGGAAGGACAGGUGGUGACAGAAGGUGAGCACCUGCAGGUGCUGGUGACAUCGGUGCAAAAAAACUACUCCCUUCCUUACCUCAACACAAUGGCAAUACAAGAUCAACUGAAACGGACUAUCUCACACUGUCAGGAGGUUACUGAGAUGCUCAGUUCUCAUGGAGUGAAGCGUGAAGGACAGCCUGUCGGAUUGCAGCCUGCUUCCAAGGUUUUUGUGCAGGCACAUUCUCAGCCUGAAUCCCAAACUAGAAUCAUUCAGCACCAUCAGGAUCAGACAUUCUUCCAAAGCAGCAAAUGUUCUCUAGAGAGUCCAGUAGAACCUCAAAACCAAGAACUCCAUUCUUCUCAGCUGCAGUCACAAUUGGAAACCACCAGUGGCAUACAGCCCCAGUUUCUCCCCCAGAUUCAUGAAAAAUCUCCAGAAGCCCAAAGCAAAACUAAAUGCCAAAUACAGUGUGCAGAGCUUAAACAGCCUUUGAUGUCUUCUGUUGUUAGCAGGAACAUUCAGUUGAAACCCCAAACUGAGGUUCAACUGAUCUCUGUAGACUCAAGCCUAACCAAUCGCUUUGGACAAUCAGACCUUCAAGCUGCCUUAGUAAACUCAAGCCAAAACAGUGGCUUUGGACCUUUACAGGUUAUCUCUGUAGACCCAAACCAAUCCAGUGACUUUGGGCCAUCAGAGCAACAGGUUGUUUCUGCCAACUCAAGCCAAACCAGUGGUUUUAGACCAUUAGACUCUCUCCAGGUUAUAUCUGUAGACUCAGGCGAAACCCGGGGCUUUGGACCAUCAGACCUUCAGGUUAUCUCUUUGGACUCAAGCCAAAGCAGUGGCACUGGACAUUCAAACCCUCUACAGUCUUUCUCUUCAACUGUGUCUAGCCCAAUCAUGUUGCUUACAUCUGUUACUAUGACUCAACUAAGAAUGCCAGUCGAGCAGCAUCUUGAUUCACCACCAAAUUGGCAACCACAAACCUCCUUGUUGACCCCACACCAAAGACAAAAGGUUCUGGCCAAAAGUCUGAGUUUUCCAAAACCCCACGAGCCAUCACAAACUCUCCCUGUUACCACGCUUGCAUCCUCCCCAAGCACUUUGCAUGCACCGGUAACAGUGACUCAACAAAGAACUCCAGUCGAACAGAACCUUGGUUCUCCACCGAAAAGGCAACCUCAGACCUCUGUGACAACCCAACACCAAAGACAAAGGGUUCUAUCCAAAAGUCGCAGCUUUCCACAGCCAUCAGAGGCUCCAGGUGUUCCCCAUGUCCCAGUACAGAAUGAGGUGUAUGCCAGAGCUCAGGCUUUGGCCAGGAGCAGACUGGAUAAAGCAAAACAACACCUGCAUGAACACAUACGGGAUGUCAUCACAGUGAUCAGUACCAGAGACAGAUCUAAAAAACAAGCCAAGAAAAAACAGUCCGUGUCACGUCUUCUCAGGCCUUUAGUGUUGGAGGUGUUUCUAGAAGCUGUGAAGGGAAUGGGUGAUUUCUGCUCCGAUGCCCAGCUCAGAGACAUGGACCUCCUCUCUCAGUCAGUUAGAGCCCAAUGGGAGGUAUGUGCCACAGCAGCAGAGCGUUCAGUGCAUCUGGAAGCCUUGAGUAGAAUUUCAGAGAGUCUGCAGCCCACAGAGAGUGUUCUUCCCAGCACCACCCAUCAGAGAACCGACACAGAGAGGGCGGAGAACGUUCAAUGCCAGACACACUCCACAAGUGACUUUGCACCAUGCCAGGAUGGCAGGGGGGGAGCAGUCAAGGAUCGUGUCCUGCUGAGAAAGACUGCACUGGUGGAUGACCCGAGCCGCGUCCACCCACAGGCUGUUGUCCAGACCAACAUCGUGGAGAUAAAACAGAUACCAGAGAGGACCAUCAUCUAUCCCUGUUCAGCACAGGAAACUCAGAGCGGCUACAGUGCUGCACAGUCAGUUCUCCAGCAGCAACUGCUUAACAACAGUCAGCAGCUGGAAUCAGAGUUUCCCAUCAGCCCCGGCAGCAAUGCCAAUAUCUCUGCUGACUCAGUGAGGACUCAACUCCAGAACAUACUGGCUCUUAAGGACCGGACGGAGGCUCUGUGGCGUGAGUUUGAGCUUCAGUGUUCACAGAGCUCUCAACACAUGGAAGAUGACUGUAAAAUGGAGCAGGAGAGAGCUCAGCUCGUUCAACAGUGGAGGGAACAACAGAUGUGCAUUCAGGCCAGGGUAAAGUCCCUUGAAACUGCGGCAGAGCUGCUGGAGUCAGCGGAUAUUCAGAUUGGACUGAUUUCUGAUCAGAUCAAACAGAUCAGUCAAAAACCUCUAAAUAUCAGAAACUUUGCCAUUGCUGAUCCCAAAAAUCUACAUGAAGAACUAAAGCAUUUAGAUAAAAGUAUCGAGAAAGAGCUGUUUCUGCUUGAUAAGAGUGGUGGUUCACUUAGUGACGCUGCUGAUCUGAGUCACAUUGAGCUCCAAGCUCAUCUUCCCCUUCAGCAAACUCUCCACGACCGCACAAAGUGCUUGGACCAGCAAAGACAAUGUCUGAGGAAGAGUGAAUCGGCCCUGAUGGGCCUCAUGAACCUCUUAUCACAUCUCCAGCAGGUGAAUGCCAACCUCAAUGCAGCUCACAGCACAUCAAAUCACAGUUUAGUCUCCAUCCGGCAAAGCCUUCAACAGGCCAGGGAAGAAUCGGUUCAGCUAGACCGAAUGCUGGAUGAAGCUGGCAUGAGAAUAACUCUGGAUGAGAAACCAGGCAGCUGUCAUGAGAUGGUGUCAGCUCUUACACUGUGUGCCGAAGAGGUUGAGGGCAGACUGGCUGUAGGGCUGAAGCAGACUGACAGAGGAGGGAAAGGAAGAGCGGAGGGAGAACAGAGGGACAGAGCGUUCGCUAGGAAGAGGAUGGGCCUGCAGGUCGCCCUGAGGGAGGUGCUGGCAGCACUCGAAAAACAUGGUCUGAAGGAGCCCACACUUCCUGCAUUACAGCACAGGUUACGCUUCCUGACAGACAUGGAGAGCAAACUGCUAGCACUGUGUUCAGAGAUUCAGGAUCUGAGAAAUACUUGUGCACAGACAAGCACCUCAGAGACAGCCAUCAGCGAGCUGCAAACGCAAUGGGAAAACGCAAACAGAGCAGUCACAGAGAGUCGUGAACAGUGUGUCUCUUUGAGCGAACUACUGAAGAAGUUCCAGAGCUGCCGAAAUCGCUUGGGCAGCACUUUGCAGAAAGCAGAGCAGACUAUUGGUGAUCAAGCCUCUUAUAUGAGCAAAGACAACUUGCAGCUCCUGAUCAGUAAGGUGACCAGUAUAAAGUCAGAUCUCGGUGGUCUUGGGGACGGGGUGGAGGAGUUCAGAGCUGUGUGUCGACAGCUGCAGUCUCUGAUGAGAAAGAUCCCAGACUGUGCAGAUGCUCCGUUUGAGAGUGAGGCUGACACCCUCAUGGACCGCUGGCUUGAUGUCACCGAGAAGGCAGACUGUCAUCUGGACAACCUAGAAGCUGGCUUUUCUAUUUGGGAAAAACUCCUACUGUUGGCUGGAGAGGUGGAGGGCUGGAGCGCCCAAAAGCUGAUGACACUUGCGGAGUCACACCCCUUUCAGACAGAGCAGGAUGUGUCUGCCAUGCAGGAUGAACUCAGGAUACAAGAGGAGAACCUUGAAUAUUUCCAGCGCAGAUCUUCAGAGAUCAAGGAGCUGCUGCAGAGUCGCGAGCUCCCACUGGAGCUACAGGUGAUUGAGAGCCAACUGAGGAAAAAGAUGGCAGAGGUGAAGGAGCUCUUUUCUGAGACCAGUGAUGUUUAUAGACAGCUGGAAGCUGCCAAGGAGAAGGUGGCAUCUGAUAUCGUAGAUCACCUGUCCUCCAUUCAGACUAUCACAAAUGCACUGACCACAUCUGAGAGCCCACUAGACCUCAAAACAAUCCAGGGUUUAUCGGAGCAGUUGCAAGCGGAGGCAGAACAGGCAGAUGCAUUACUGCAGCAGAUAAGUCUUCUGGCCAGCAUUGCAGGUCUAGAAAACCUGCAGACGCUGGCUGAAGAUGGAUCUCACCUUGGAGAAAGCAUCUGCAUGGCCAGAGAGCUAGUCAUAGAGAAGAGAGAGCAAGCAAUGAACCCAAACAGACCUGAAAAUCAAAUGGUCCAAGAACCUAAAUACAUCAAGCCCUUGAUUGAAAAAACAGAAGAUACUGCGCCAGAGAUGCAGUCUGAAUCUAAUGGUAAAACAGAGGAACAGUCCACAACACAAGAUGAGCAGAAGGAUUUCAAAGAGCAGGUCUGCAGCCGGGCCAGUGAACUGCAUCUGAAGGUUUCUGAGGAUGUGAACAGAGGGGUAACACCUGAGGGGAAACUCGCAGUGGUGCAGGUAAUUUUCUUGCCAUGGGUCUGUUUUAGUUCUCAAAGAGUGUGCAUCUUUAAAAUAAAUACUGUAGAACAAGUGGAAGGAAACCUAACGGAGGUUGAGAAACUGUCUGAGGCCCUGCAGACAAGCUGUACUCCAGAGGGUCAGACUGCUCUCUCUCAAGAACCUCAACCCACAUUUGGAAAGACACCAGCCCUGAGGAAGAUCUUGGAAGAUGAGAGGACUAAGGAAGGGAACUCUGAUCUAGAUCAAUGUUCCAUUCAUUGCAUCGAGCCUCAGCAGCCUGGAGUGUCCACAGAGAAGCUCCAGUCAAUUCAGGUUGCUGCUGACAGUGAAGUGGAUGACAUAGAUUGUAUGAAUGUAAAAUUAUUCACCACAAAGGAAGUUAGUGAAUCAGAAGAUCUAUCAACUUGCUCAAAACAACAAGCAACCGAAGAUCUUGGGAACCUUCCAUUAGGCCACGACUCAAAUAAGCAGCUGUUCAUGUCUGGAUCUAAAGAGAUGGAUGGAACUGGAUCUGUAUUAAGAGAAAGUGACCACAAAUCCACUCAUGGCUCAUCCUGUCAAUCAUUAAAGCCUGUCUUUACCAUAGUGCUGGACUAUGAUCUUUCCAAACCCAACCAGAACCGACUAACACAAGCUGUCCCGGCUUCUUCAGCUAAAUGGGAUACUGUUUCAGGUUUUCAUGAUAGGACCGCAGAGACGUCAGCAGAUGGCCUAAAACUUUUGGAAGUCAAACCAAAUGUUGAUUUAGCUGUGGAUGAAGUACAUGAUGCAAUAAGCUCUUCUGAUGAACCUAUACAUUUAUAUGCUGAUCUUUCAAAAUCAGAAGUGCAGGUUAAAGAAACCAGCCACACUGAUAAUAUUGAACCCACUCAUUCUGAUCUAGACCUUGAUUUCAGGCCUAAACCAGAGAAGGACUCAUCUACUCAAGCAUUUGACCCAAUGCUUUCAUACCCAGAGAAGCAUCAAGGAAGCUCUGGAACUGCGAACAAAGUAUUUACAAUCAUCCUGGAUGUUGAUACUCCUGAAUUAUCAUCAGACAGGUAUCAAUCACUGCAAGAGACACGGUGUACAGGUCCUGAAGACUCAACCACAGAUGAAUUCUCUCAUUCAGAUGUAAAAAAUCAACAGGCAAUCUCCUCUGGUACUGAGCAACCUGAAGGCCAAAUGGCUGAGCUAGAUUUAUCUGAAGAGUCCAAUGUGAAAUCAAGUAGCUCUGAAAUACAGCCAGGACAGAAGGCAUCAAGGCUAAUCCAGCCCCAAACCCCUGAGAUCACGGAGACUGACGUUCAAAAAGAUGAAAAAGAGAAGCAACAUGAAGUCACUGAUGCAGAAACAUCAAGCCAAAUGGACGUUCACACUGGGGAAGGCAAUGAGUCAGGGUCUAUAGUUCACCAACAGGAUGUCCCAGUGUUGGAGAGCCAUGAUGAGGUUGACAAAAACACCACUGAAGAGGCUUCAAAUAAAGCGAAAUCCCUUCAAAAGCCUCCUAAAGUAGCUAAAGGUAGAAAUAAGAACAGAAAACCAGAUGGUGUAAAAAAAGCAAACAAUGUCAGUAAUAAAAAGCAGAACACAUAUAAAUCUGAACAUAAGAACACAACUGACUCAGAAAGCCUUCCAACUUCUGAAGUCAGGUUGCCGGACACCAUAGAUACUUCACUGACUGUGUCUUCAGACUUUAGUCAGCCAAACACUGCAAAGCCAUUGAGCACACAAGACAAACUAACAGUGGACACUGUGCAGAAAGAGACCUUGAAUCAAACUGAGAUAGAGGAUGGACAUUUUAAAAAUGCUAGCUUCUCACUUGCCGGAGAUGGCCAUGUUAGUACCACAGAUAGUGUGGUUUUAGCAGCAGUGGAGUCUGUGCAGUCAACACAUACAGGGGACUCAGAAUUAACCCCAACAGAUUCUUCAUCUGUUGUGACAGCUGACUGUGUAACACAAAUUCUUACCGCAGUCCUAUCAGAGUCACAGCUCGGCCAAGCUGAAGCUCGGAGGACAGAGGAUUCAGAUGGCAGUUUCCCUUUGCAGUAUGAAGAAAUGCACAGAUUCAAUUCACAUCCAUCUGCCGGGAACAAAAUGCCCCAAAACAGAGGAUCAGUACCAGACGGUGAGGAUAAAACGAGGCCUAUGGAGCAGCCUACUGGGACACAUGUGUGGGCCGUUUUACUGAACACCAUCACUAAUGUUCAGCCACUACUGAUGACCAGUCACGGUUCUGAGGAAUCUAGAUCAAGGAAAGAUUCCUUGUUUCAGAAUUCAUCGCUCUUCGAGUCUGAGAGCAGUCUGGCAAGGACUGUCCUGUGGGUGUUCAGAUGUCGGUACCAACCGGCCAAACUCAGCAUUGCACAUAUGACUCAUCAGCUGGAAGAAGUUGAGAUCUGCCGACAGUAUGUCUUGGAGCAGGUGGCUAGACUGCCUCAAAAUGAAUCUAGUGCAGGAUGCUCUACAAAGCCUGAGCAGACCAUAGAGGGCAGAUGGAACACAGUACAGAUGGAUACCUCAACUAUGGUUGAGUACAAAAAGACACAGUUCCAGCAGGUCACACAGUACCACCAGCAAAAACGGGCUCUCGCGGAUACUUUACACAACCUGAACAAUGAGCUCAGCACACUGACACAGGAUUGCAUUGACAGCAGAACCUUGCAAGUGGAGAAGCUGAAUGCAUUCCUGAAGAACAUGCAGAAGAAGAGAGGCUCACUAGAGGAGCUCCUACAGACAUGCUCUCAGAUUUCAGCCCAUCUGGGUGAGACAGAGGGACCUGUGACCUGUAUUGAACCUUUUAGGACUUUACAGGAGAGAUGGCAAACUAUGGAACAGGAUGCUUCCAGCAAACUGUGGUGUGCUAACAUCUGCACAGCAGAAGUAGCUGCACUCCUGCAAGAAGCCAGAGAUCUGCACCAUGAACUGGAGCUUCUGGAGAAGUCAGUUUCUCUUCCGCAUCUCUCUCAAGGACAGAUGGAAAGCCAAAGUGCGCUACAAGAGACUGUGAAAACUGCAGACCUGGCAGUGUUAACUGAGCGCUACUUGUAUCUUCUUGAGGUCUCUCAGGCUCUUUCCUCAAGUCCACUGGGAAAAAAAGAGCUCAGAGAUGUGGAGGACGCAAUGCAGGGCUUGAAUUCUCAGCUUGCUCUGACUCAGGAGAAGAUCAGCGCUCAGACUUCAAAUGGCAAUGGUUCCUCACCGAUCAUAAGGAUUAUCAGGGACUAUGUUACAUGGGCUAAGCAAACAGAAAGCGAACUCAGUAGGAGAAGGAGGUUGUCUCUGUUUCCUGAAGAAGCAAGUCACCAGGUCAGUCACAUGAAGAAACUGCAGUCUGAAACAUCUCUUAAGAGGUUUCAGUUGGCCUCUGUUUUGAAAGAGCUAAGAGAGGAACUUACAGGACUCAAUAAGGAGGAUCCCAUGUCACCCACCCUCGAUUCCCUAGAGGAUUUGUACGUUAACCUUACAGAGAAGACUGAAUGUGCUGUUGCAGAAAUGAAGAGAAUGUUUCAAAUUAGAGAAAGACUGUGGAAACAGAUCACUGACAGCAGUUCUUGGUUGACCUCAGUAUUAGAAAAAGAGUCUGGUAAAACAGUGGCUUCUGAACCUAAAACUACUAUCCCAGAAUUGAGGGUUCAGCUUCAGGUAUGCACAGAGGCUUUGAAGGAUGCUGAGAGACAAGCAAAUAAUCUGGAGGCUCUGUUAGAUGAAAUGAAAGAAGUGAAACAUGGCCUGAAUGUACCUGAAAGCUUUCAACUCAUCAAUAGGCUAACAGCCUUACAAGAAGAGGUCUCUAGGGUUGUGAACCGUAAGUGGGCCUUGCGCUGGGUGCUUGAAGAACUCCUUCAUGCUCAGGAAUCUUCUGCUGAGGAACAGAACAUCACUCUGAAGAGCUUGAGACAGAUGAGUGCUGAUGUCACGAGGCAGAAGUAUCCCGUAACAAGGGACUCACUCUUGGCUCUUGAACCUGUUAAGCAGAUGCUGAUGGAGCUCCUCUGCAAAGUGCCAGAAAUUCCCUACUGUCCAGAUCCUCAGAGGAAAGAGAUGCUCAAUGCUGUACUAGACCUACAGAGAAGAAUACAUCUGCUGGAGCUGCAAGCCAAAGAGCAUGAGGAGUACCUCAUUUUAAGGCAGCACAUGGAGAACUCCAGUGAGGCAGUGAAGAAGAGCUUGUUGCAGAUUGUAGACUCAAGUGUAGGAGUUGACGUAAGGAUCCGCUUUUGUCAGACUGUCCUGGUGGAGCUGCCUUUGGUGAGAAUGACAUGUCAAGAAGCCUCUGACCACCUUGAGACCAUUUCGAAAGAUCUCUAUCCAUCCCAGCUGAAAACAGAAAGGCACAAAAUCCAUUUGGUCAUUGAGCAGCUUGCCUCUUGGGAGCUCACAGUAAAAAAAGAGGCUAAAAUCAUUGAGUGCUCUCUGGCGAAGGGACUCGGCAGUCCGACAGACCUCAGUCCACUCACUGAGCUCUUCAACAGUGUCAGACAGCAGCUGAAAGAAACCAUCUGGUUGGAGCCAGAUAAUAAGACCAUUGAUACACAGCUACGAAAGCACUGGAUGCUAAUCCAGACCGUUGAGUCUGUUCUAAGAAUGUUGGAGCACUAUAGGAAUGAAGAAGAUGUUGGAAGCUUCCAGAUGACCAUUGAUCUUGGCCAGAAAACUCUUAAUGAUUGCGGUAUGCAUAUGGACAGGCUGCUCCAAGCUCGGGAGGCACUGAAGCAUUACCACUGGGCUGUUCAGGGUGCAGAGAGCUUCUUUCAGCAGAUUGGAUCCAGUCUCAUGAUCUCUGAUAGUUUCAAAGGCUACAAAGAGGAGCAUCGCUAUGUUCAACAGAUUUUCAGCACUCUGGUUACGGAUUUCCAGGCCCACUUGUCUGACGUUGGUGCUUCUGUUCCCCAGCAGACAUGCCUCUCCAUCCCUCUAAUUGAGCAGCUUCAUAUCGAGGUUUUGAGUCACCUUCUAGUACAAGAUGCCAAAUUUGAAGCUCAGGCUCAGCUCAGACUUGAGGCCUUACAGAGGUCCAUGAAAGAUCAAAUUGUGCACAUGAGUCACCAUGAAGAGCUGAAUCAGCAUCUCAAAAAUGUUGAUUCUCAAAUCUCAAGAUGUUUAAGUCAAAAACCAGCUGAUUCAGAAGCCUGCCAAGAUCAACUGCUGAAAAUAAAGGUGCUCUACACAGAGCUGGAGAACCUCUCUAAAAAGCUGGAGGAACUGAGUGAAAGCUGCCCAGGACUUCGCUGCAAAGCACCCUUGGAUCUAAUGCUGGGACAACUGUGGAGGUCUUGGGCAGUGUUGCAGUGCAGAGUGGAAUCUCUCAAAGCCAGCAUGUGUCAUAAAGAAGCAGACUGGAGAGACUUUGAGAUACGCCUGAAUAAAUCAAAGGAAGGUCUUGAGAGACUUCAGAAUGAUCUCCCAGACUCGUCUACGGUGAAGGGAUCCCUGGUGGAUCUUCAGGGUGUUUUGAGCCUUACGGAGCGCCUUCAAGAUGGGAUUGAGCAGGAGCAUCACACUUUGGCAUCUCUACAACACCAUGUGGCAAGAUUGCUUGGGGUCUCAAAUUUGCAGCAGAUGAAAGUGUGUCCUCAAAUCUGUCUGGACUUGCAGUCACUACAGGAUCAAUGCAGAAGUCUCAGAGAUCAGAGCAAUAACAUCCGCCGGGAAGUGCUUUUUGAGAUCCAGGAGUUGGGUCGUGUGCAGGAGGAGCUGAGUGCCAUUCAGCAGAAUGUUCUCUCUCUUUCGACGGCUUUACAGAGGGAGUCAGCUGCUCAACACUUACAGGAAGUGAAAGUGGAGUUGGUUUCACAGAAGGCUCGACUGCAGGAUAUCAUGAACAGAGUGCAGAAGAAAUGGAGCUGUGUACCUACAGAGAUUCAAAUCUUAUGCAAUGAGCUCAACGUCUCCAUGCAGGAGGCCAAAGACAAAUUGGUCAUGGUCAUUGAGAGAAGUGGUCCUCUCAGCAAAAUGGGUGAGCAGGUUGGAGAGGUGACGGUGGGCUUGAAUUGUGUGAAGGCCCUGCUGAAGCAAUCAAGUCCUAAUUUUUCUGAGGCUGAACGUACACAAAAGCGCAUAUGGGAUGAGCUGGACCAGUGGCACACUCGGAUAGCUGAGCUGGAGGCUGAGGUGCAGGAUCUGGCUGAGCAGAAGCCUGAGAGAGCACACAUUCUCAUGGACAAGCUCAUGGAGCCUCUGCAGCUCUACCAGACCACAGCCAAACAGGCCGAGCAAAGGACCGCCCUCAUCAGCAAAAUCCCUGCCUGUCUGCAGGACUAUGAGGGUUUACUCAAUAGUGCCAACUGCUGGUUGAGAGAGGCUCAGUCCUGGCUGGUCGCACCCAGAACCUACACUACUGCCAAAUGCAUUCACUGUCAUGCCAAUUCCCUCAAGAUGAUGCUGGAUGAAGCGGAGGGAUACAAGGCAGAUCUGGAGGCCUUCCUGCCUGCUCUGCUGGAGAUCACUCCAGUGUGUGACACCACCCCUCAACAACAUCUUCUCCAACUGUGUGUACAAAACAUCACACUCAUGCAGCAAAGUGUUCAGGACCCUCUCUCCCACCUUCAGCACCUAGCAGCUGAGAUGGAUGCCAUUGAAGCAGAGGUAAAGGAAAUGGAGAAAAAUAUAACUAAGAUCAGAAGAAUCCUUUCAGCCACCGACACAGAGAACAUUUCUCCUGAGGAACAUCUCGAGAACAUACAGGUCAUUCUGGAUAAUGUCCAGUCCAUGAAGAGGACCAUUGAUGAGAUUGAGAGCUGCAGGCCAGGCCUAGGGCUUCCUGCUGGGGCAGAGCAGAGUCUCAGAGCUUUCCAUCGGGCUCAAGAGCUCCUGCAGCCCAUCCAGGAGCUACAGCAGCUCAGUGUGGAGCAGAGCACAGCGCUGAGGGCCUCUAUUGGACAACCAACUGAAAUGAUUCUCCCUGCAGACCAAACCACAGAAUUCAUGAUGCCACAUCUUUCCACUGGAGAUAUGAGGCAGGUCUCCAUGGAAGGCCUUUACACUGAGGAGGAAGAUGAAGACAAUCAGUCUUCAUCCUCAGGAACUCUCACAUGCAGUGUUCCAGAGGACCCAGAUGAGACAAUAGCGGAGGAAGAUAUGAAGUCAGAUGCUGCCUCUGAUUUAAGAGAUUGUGACACUAAGGAAUCAUCUCCUGAAGAAGAUGAUUUUCCUGCAGUCAAGUAUGUAAUUCAAGACGCUGACCCAGGAAGUUGUUUACUGGAGCCUUCGGACCUCUCUGAAAUGCCUGGCAUAGUCAGCGGCAGACCAGUUACUGAAGAGACAAGUUCCCCACCUGCACUAACAUCCCAGCAUUUGAAAGAAUUUACAAAUGAUAGCUGUCUGAAGCCUGACAGUGCAAAUAUAGAUGAGGAAAAGCAAAAUGAGUGCACCAAAACCAAGUUGACUGAAGCAGUUCCAGCAAAGCUAGAAAUAUCCUCAGAAACCACCCUGUUAAAAGCAAGAGAUGCCAAUGAAUUGACUGAAGAGUUUGAAUCUGAAGAUCAGAAUCAAGGAACUGUGAACACAAAAACGGGUACAAGUGAUCAAGUGAAAACAAGGAGCCCAAAGCCACUUGACACAGAGGCAAUAGAUGUUGCUGAUGGUGAUCUGUCACAGUCUGAAGCAGGAGCUGAAGUUCAGCCUACAAAGAUGAGACGGCAUGUGUUAGAGAUUCCGGUGUCUGCGUUGAAUGCCAGUGAAUCACAGAUGGAAGACUCAACUAAACUCCUCAAGGACCUUUCAAGCAUCAAGAGUCUGCUAGGCGGCUCAUGGACUUUGGAACUUGAACGGCGGAAAUCAGCAGGACGGAAUAAUGUUGAGCUCCAGAGAUGUUCUAUAGCUCUUCUGAAGGGUCUGCGGGGUCUCCUGGAGCUGGGCUCUGAGCGGCUGCUGCGCAGUCAGAAUGCGCUGCCACAAAACUGCAGUCAACUGCAUAAUCUGCUCACAGAACACAAGAAAUACUUCCAAGAUUUGGGUCAGGGCCUUGUAAUGGUCAAGCUUCUAUACCAGAAGCUGCCAGAGGGGGCACUGCAGGGCCAAGCAGAGGUGGAGCAGUUCAUGUCAGAUCUACAGGAACGAGCACAAACUCAUGGUGUCCAAAUGCAGCACAGCUUAGAGGAGUGGUCUCGGAACGAGGAGGUCACUGAGAGACUGCGUAAGCAGUUGGAUGAGAUCGAGAUAAACAUGUCCAGUCUGGGUUCAGAGACAGAGGGAGACCAGCAGUCCUAUGAGAGAUUGCACAAUAUCCUGGAAGACACGAGGCCUCGGGUGUGGGAGGUCCAAGACCGACCCAGGAUCCUACAGAAAAAGGGUUGUUACCCUGAGCAGCCUGGCCAGACUGUCCCAAAAUCACAACUGUUGUUACGCUGGAUGGAGCUUCGUAAUCAAAUACAGCAGAAGAUACAGUCUACACAGAAGAUCAGAAAGAUUUAUGACAGGUUCCAGCGUGACGCAACAGAAUUAGAAGAAUGGAUGCGUCAUGCUCAAGAACAGGUUCAGAAGUGGAACAGUUUCUCUGAUUCUGGUCUCUUAGACUCCAAAAUAGUCUUUACCCAGCUCAAGGAGUUUUUCAAGGAGCUGGAGGGCUGUUCAGCACAGAAAGCUUCUGCAGAACGUUCAGGUGCACAGAUACUGCAGCUGACUGACAGUGAAGCUCCAGAUCUGCGCAGACGACUGGCUCAACUUGAGCAGGAAUGGAUGAAUUUGAGUAACGUCCUGCCCACUCUUCACCAGACACAGCAACAACUGUUGUCAAACCAGUCUCACAGUCAGAUCUUGGACAGCUUGACUUCCUGGCUUGAAAAUGUAGAGGGACGACUGGAAGAUGAAGGCUCUCGGAGCUCCUCUGAGCUGUCUAGACAUCUACAGGCUUUGAAGGAUCUUAAGGCUGAAAUAACCAGUCAUCAGCCGUACUUUGACUUUCUGAACUCUCAGUCUGUGGAGGGGACGGGAUCAGUGAAUGAACCCACCAAUCGUAAUGAGCGCAUCCUGUUUGCUGAGCAGCUGGGAGCUCUCAAUCAGAGUUGGCUUAUUCUAAAGGCCAAAAUUUACAGCAAGAUACAUGAUGUUGAGGACCAGUGGCAGGCCUGCACAAAGAGAGAAAAGCGUUUGCGCUGUAUGCACAGCUGGAUCUCUCAACGUAUUGAAUGGGUGAAAAACAGCUGGCGACCAGAGAGCUGCUCGCAGAUUGAGCAAACAUUAAAGGAGUGUGAGGAGACAGAGAGCAGGCUACAGGUGAAGUCCUCUGAGCUGAAGGCUUUGGGAGCUCUUCACCUGUUCGAGCAACAGGAUGGUGAACAUCCCGGAGAUCAAGCGUUCUCCAAGCAGGUGAAUUCAGCCAUCCAGGACUGCCAAGCUUUGAGUCAACAGAUAAAUGCUCUCAAGUCAGAUUUACAGCCAAUCAAAGAUGAAUGGGCUCACUUUGAAUCUAAAAUGAGUGCAGCAGAACUGCAAAUAACCAGGGUGGUCUACAAGCUGGAGCUCUGCGGAGUUUCUGUGUUCUCAUCUGAGCAGAGCCGAACUCAUGUGGAGCAACUGCAAGAGCUUGAAAGGGAGCUGAACCAAUCAGAAACCUGGACCCAGUUAACUGAGGUGUUCUCUAACUUGAAAGACAAACUCAGCCCUUAUGCAUCUAAACUUUUGUCUGAUCGUCUCGAGAAGGAGAGAACUCGACAUCAAGCAGUGAUUGAAGAUGUGCAUGCAGAUUUACUAAAAGCCCAGAAUGCAUUGCGGUUUUGGCUGGAAUACGAGCGCCUCACAGGAGAGUGCUGUGUUCAUCUAAAUCAGCACUGGGAGAGGCUUGGAGAGCUUAUGAGUUCUUCAGACAGAGAAGAAAACACUGUAGAGCUGCUCAACAGCAGGAUGCAGGCCAUCAAUGCUCUGGAGAAAGACAUACCUGCCUUGCAAAGCAGUGUGGGAGAAGUCCUGGAGGCCUCAAAGCUUCUUACUGGACAUUUGAAACCCCAGUCAGCCUCUCUAAUCAAAUCAGAAACCAGGCUGCUGUCACGUGACCAUGAGCAUCUUUACAAGGCACUUUCUGGCAUUGGGGCACAAGUUCAGGAGGAGCUGGAGAAGCACCGCCGUUUCAGCACUGAGUUGAAGUCAAUGGAGCAAAAACUUAAAAACUUGGAAAGCAUUAUGAGCUCCCCCACUGCAAGCAUGGAAAGACUAAAGAUGGUUCUGUUAGAUCUGAGUGGGCUGAACCCUAACCUUGCUUCUCUGAAUCAAACGAGAUUCGGACUCUCCUUAAGCUCUGCAGAGGAGGAGAGGUUACAGACCCUCAACACACAAUGGGUUCAGGUCUCCUCUCAAGCCUCAGACCGACACAGGAAGAUGUAUGGAGAGCUGCUGCAUGCUCAGAACUUCCAGCAGAAGUGCCAGUGCUGGAUGGAGCUCCUGGACACAAUCGAGGCUGGGUCAUCCAAUCAGAUGUCUGGAAACUGUGCUGCUGUUAGAGAGCAGCUAGUUGCACACCAGAGGCUGAAAGUGGAGGUCCUCAUCAGCCAGCAGCUUCAGGAUGCCAUGAUCAGUGAUGCUUCACGCUUCCUGGAGAGCAGUCAGAAUGAGGACAGGAGUCAUCUGAUCCUGAGACUCACCCAGCUAAAGACACGAUGGCAGGGGACACAGCAGAGGGUCCAGCAGCAAGGCAAAUGUCUGGAAGGGCUGAUAGGACAGUGGCAACUCUACGAGUCCGGCUCGAGGAAACUUUCAAAGCUACUCGGACACAUCGAAGAACUUGUGCCACCAGCAGGACUGGCUCCGUGCAGCUUACAGCAACUCAAAUGCUCUAUAAAAGACUUUGAGUGGACCGAGGAGCAACUACAGCUUCAUGAAGAACUGUACAGGCAGACUGUGGCAGCAGGAGGACAGAUCCUUCCGCUAUCAGAUGCGCAGACGCAGACAUGCCUGCAGACCGAACUGGAUGCUCUCAAGGAGAUGUGGGAGCGAAGCUGUGGCCUUGUGGGGAAAAGAAAGGCUCUUGCAGACACCAUAACUCAUAACUGGACACUCUGUGAAACUGGCCUGGCUGAGAGUGCUCUCAAACUGGAAGAGAUAAAAGCAAGACUGAAGAGUCCACUGCCAGAGAAGCUAGAAGAUCUAAAAAUACACAUGCAGCUCAUCAAGGAGGACGAGGACUCGCUACAGAUUUGGGCUGGAGGACUGAAAGAGUUGACCACCAUGAAGGCAGACGUGUCUCAGUAUGUGCUGCCCACAGACACCAUGCUGCUCCAGGGACAGGUGGAGGAACUUCACAGCCAAUGGGAAGAACUGUGCUUGAAGGUGUCACUUCGCAAGCAGGAAAUAGCUGAUCGGCUGAACGUCUGGAUCAUCUUCAAUGAUAAAAACAAGGAGCUCUGUGAUUGGCUGAUGCAGAUGGAGAAAAAAGUGGCACAUAGGGGCGAAAACCUUAGUAUUGAGGAAAUGGUUGAGAAACUUAAAAAGGACUGCAUGGAGGAGAUUAACCUCUUCAGCGAGAACAAGAGCCACCUCAAGCAGCUGGGCGAGCAGCUCCUAUUGGCCAGCGACAAGGCUAAGGAGGCAGAGAUCCACGGGGUCUUGCAAGAUGUCAACGACCGCUGGCACCACCUGUUCGACAACAUUGAGGCCAGGGUGAAAAAGCUGACAGAAACGCUGGCGACAGUGCAACAGUUGGAUAAGAACAUGAAUAACCUUCGCUCUUGGCUCACUCACAUUGAAGCUGAGCUGGCCAAACCCAUUCACUACAGUAUCUGCCACAGAGAUGAGAUCCAAAAGAGACUGACUGAGCAACAGGACCUGCAGCGUGACAUCGAGCAGCACACCGAGAGAGUGGCGUCUAUGCUCACCCUGUGUGACGUGCUUCUGUGUGAUGAGGAUGCCUGCAGCAGCGAUGGAGAGAAUAACUCAAUUCAGCAAACCACACAGCGCUUGGACCAGCGCUGGAGAAAUAUCUGCUCCAUGUCUCUGGACAGAAAGCUGAGGAUUGAAGAGACAUGGAGGCUGUGGUGUAGGUUUCUGGAGGAUUACUCUUCCUUUGAGGACUGGCUGAACAGAGCAGAGCGCUCCGCUGCUGAACCCAAUUCAUCAGAUGUCCCGUACACUGACGCCAAAAAGGAACUCCAGAAAUAUGAGAUUUUCCAAAGGCAGGUACAUGAGAGCCUGACCCAGCUGGAGUUUAUUUAUAACCAGUACAGACGACUGGCAUGGGAGAACCGCGCCGAUGCAGCUAGCAGACUCAGGGCCAUGGUGCAUCAUGGGAACCAGCGAUGGGACACGCUCCAGAGGAGGGUGGCUGCAAUACUGCGCAGACUCCGACAUUUCACAAGCCAGAGAGAAGAGUUUGAGGGAACCCGUGAAAGCCUCGUUAUCUGGCUGAAAGAGAUAGAGCACCAGCUAACCAAUGUGGAGAACUGCUCAGAGAGCCAUCUCCAAGACAAGAUGAAACAGCUGAAGAGUUUUAAGAAGGAGAUCACUCUGAACACCAACAAGAUUGACGCUCUGAUUGUGUUUGGGGAGGGUCUGAUUCAGAGGAGCUGUCCUCAAGACGCUGUUGAGAUAGAAGAUGAGUUAGAGGAGCUGCACACGUACUGUCAAGAUGUGUUUGGCAGAGUCGCCCAAUUCCACCAGCGCCUCACCAGCCUCCGUCCGCUGCAGGAGCAGCUGGACGUCUUUGAUGGUGAACAGUCCAGAGGGACACAGGGCACAGUCUCCUCCAGCCAGCCCUCCAUGUGUCUGUUAUCGCCACCUCAGGAGCGCUCAGGCCGUGACACCCCCAUGAGUGUGGAUUCCAUCCCUCUGGAGUGGGACCACACCGGGGAUGUUGGCGGCUCUUCUUCACACGAUGAGGAAGAGGAUGCUGCUUUCUUCUCUGCCCUGUCAGCACAGAAUUGGCACUUUCAAAACACACCUGAAAGGAAAUGCUUCCAGCUGGACUCCUCCACACCUGCACAUGCCAGCACACCUUUUAAACAAGGCUACGUCCAGCUGAUGUCUGAGUGCAGCGGCAGCAUUAAGAGUGUGAAGCGGGUUUCUAUGACCCUGGAUGAGGAGGAACAGCAGGAAGAACAAGGCCUCACUGGCCUCAAGACUGCAGACAAGCAGUCAGGAGUGAUUGAGCGCUGGGAGCUGCUGCAGGCUCAAGCAGUUAGUAAAGAGCAGUGCAGCUCCAGAGACCCCCAGCAGCUGACCUCUGACCUGCACGACAUCACUUCCUGGCUGGACCGGGUCACCCCUGAGCUGGACAAACUGCAAAAGCCUGAGACUGCCGUCAGUGUCGAAAUCUUAGAAGAGAGGGUCAAACAACUUAAAGAAAUGCAGAAGACAUUUGCUCGCUACAAGACCCUGGUGCUGUCUCUGAACCUGGGUGGGCGAGAGCUGCAGCAGAGAGCUACAGAAGGAGCACCUGAGCUUCAGCAGGGUCUGGGCAGCAUGAAUCACCGCUGGACAGAAGCUUGUGCGGGACUAGAGGGGUGGGAGGACAGUCUGCGCACUACCCUAGGACGCUGUCAGGAGUUCCAUGAGACGGUCCACUCUCAACUGCUAUGGCUGGCCCAUGCAGAGAGCAGACGCUACACCGUGAACAUGAACGACCCCUCUGUGCAGCCCUCCAUGCUUCAGGAACACAGGAACACCCUGAAGGAUUUGGCAGAGGAGCUGCAGGGCAGACAGAAGCGGGUGAGCUCCCUGCAGGAGAUCGUCUCUGAGCUGCUCCCGGAGGCUGGUGGGGAGGACAGCGCUGAAGCCCAGGAAAAACUCCACGUCAUUGGAAGCAAACUAAGACUACUGUCACGUCAAGUCAACCAGGAUCUCCAGAUGAUUGAAGAGAGAUUGGAGUCCACAACCGAUGCUUCAGGAGACAGGAAAUCAACACAAAGCUCUGGGUCAGAGCGUGACCCGUCACCUCAGCGCUCAUUCUUCUAUCGGGUCCUGCGAGCGGCUUUCCCUCUGCAUCUCCUGUUCCUCCUGCUGUUGGUUCUGGCCUGCUUGGUCCCUCUUUCUGAAGACGACUACAGCUGCACCUUUUCCAACAAUUUUGCCCGCUCUUUCCACCCCAUGUUACGCUACACCAACGGUCCUCCUCCCACAUGAGUCUCUCGUUCAAUCAACAUAGCCGUUUUCAUUACUCAAACAUGCCACCUCUCUUUUCUCCAAGCAAUAUUUUAACGGUUGUGUUUAUAUAAUUGGUUUUAUAGUAUUUAUUCCCCUUUGAGAGCCAUACUAAGAAUUUAUUGCUGUAAAGAAAAAUAUCAUUGAAUGAGCCUGAAUGUAAAUCACCGUCAAUUUUUGGAAAUCUAUAUAGAUUUAAGCACAUCAUGCACUGAUUAAAGGUAGUAAGAUUGAAACUGGAAAAGAUUGACUCUUCAGCCACAUUUUGUGAUGACAUGAUGGAUGGCUGCCAUUUGUUUAGAGAUUACGUGGUCUCCUUUUUAAAUUUGAUAUGAUCUGAAUGAACUGUUCAUAUUUGCAAAGCCCAACACAAAUAUAUAUAU